GAAGAUGCCCAGUGUCGUUGGCACUGUCUGUCUCUUUUGCAGUAUGCGACGUGGCGCAACGAUGAGAAUCUAGGAGGUAUUGAAGGGUGUCUUUCCAAGUUAAAGGCUGCAGAUCCAAAUUUUGUAAUGGGACAUGUCAUUGCUAAUGGAUUGGAGCUUAUUGGCACUGGAAGCUCAGUGCGGCUCAACAAAGAUCUGGGCAGUGCGCUGCAAACAAUGAUGAUGCUGUCAAGAUCUCAGCCUCUGACUGAGCGGGAAAAGCUUCACGUAUUGGCCUUGGACAUGUUUGCCAGUGGACGGCUUCCAAAAGCUUGUGAUGUAUGGGAACAGAUUCUACAGAACCAUCCGACUGACUUGCUAGCCCUCAAAUUUUGCCAUGACACUUAUUUCUACUUAGGAUACCAAAUAGAAAUGCGAGAUUCUGUUGCUCGGGUUUUUCCUUUCUGGACACCUGACGUUCCUCUGAGCAGCUACGUGAAGGGCUACUACUCUUUUGGACUCAUAGAAACAAACUUUUUUGAUCGUGCAGAGAAGCUUGCCCGUGAGGCUUUGGAUAUAGAUCGGACAGAUGCAUGGUCUGUUCAUACUGUAGCUCACGUAAAUGAAAUGAAAGCAGAGGUGGAGAAAGGGUUGGCGUUCAUGAAGGAAACAGAAGACAACUGGAAGGGCAGUGAUAUGCUUGCUUGCCAUAAUUACUGGCACUGGGCUUUAUACUUUGUUGAAAAGGGGGAAUAUGAGGCUGCUUUGACAAUUUAUGACAACCAUAUAGCUCCCCGGUUCCUGUCAAGUGGAAGCAUGCUGGAUUUAGUAGAUAGCUCUUCGAUGCUGUACAGGCUUCAUCUGGAAGGUGUGAAGCUUGGAGACAGGUGGGACAAUGUCCACAAGCGUGCAAAGAAGCACACCAAAGAUCACGUUCUUCUUUUCAAUGAUGCACACAUGUUGAUGUCCUCACUUGGAGCCAAAGACCACAAAACUACUAAUGAGCUUUUAACAACUCUUGAAGAACUUGCCAGAGAACCCGGCAAAGACCAUGAGCUUUCUCUGGCUCCUAGUGUGGGGUUGCCAUUAUUGCAGGCUUUGGUGGAGUUUGAAAAUGGAAACUGUGACAACGCUGUAGAUCUGCUGUACCCGAUACGUUACCAACUUAUCCAACUAGGAGGCAGUAAUGCUCAGAGAGAUAUUUUCAGCCAGCUAUUGAUUCAUGCUGCUUUAAAUUGUAAAUCCCAGGCCAAACAAAACCUCGCUAAGUGCCUCUUGAGAGAACGUGAUGUGAUGAGACCAAAUUCACCAAUGACGGAACGACUUAUAAGGAGGGCAGCGGCUGUUCAUUCGGUGGCAUAAAUCUGUCCUCACUGCUAGCAAUAAGCUUAUCAGUCGAAGUCUGGGCGCUUUGGGUGGAGGGAUGCUGUGCUGUAAACCAUGCUGAAGAAUCGCUAGGAGCGAGAGAUCUGAUGACAGCUUACUUGGAAGAUACAGCCUGAAAUGCAACAGCUUUAAAUCUUGGAUGAUUCCACAAGGAAAUGAGAAGAUUACCUGCUUGUGAUCACAGCUAUCUGAAUCUUCCUGGGACACUGCUUUUCUAGUAUAGUUUCUUUGAAGUUCCCCCUGAGCAUGCUAAUAUUCAGUACAGUAGCAGUGCCAGGUUUUCAGUCAUUCAUUGGCCCAGUUUGUUACUACAUUAAUAUGUUAAAUAAUCAGAAAACUUUUCAGAUAAUUCAAAUGAACUUCCUCAGCAUAAGAAUAGGAAAGUAUGGGGCCAGAGCCACUGGAGUGUCAAGCUCCCAGUCCAUUAAGACUUGAUUUACCCUGGCAUUACAGAUCUGUCUGCCUUCAGAAUCUUUUUCCUGUUGUAUAUCUUUAAACACUCUCUUACAACAAGUUACAUUUUUUUUUCGUUACAAUAUGUUCCCUCAGAGUUUCCUGGAAUUACUAGGUGAAUGAAACUGGACAAUAGAGACAAUAGCUGAUAACUGGUUUGGACUAUUUUAAUGUGGAUAGUUGUUUGGCAUUUUAUCAUUUUUUACUAAAAAUUUUAAGCCUGAAUUUCAGCUAAAACUGUGUGGUCUCUGAGUGGUAGUUGUAACUGCAAUCUUAGCGCUUUCCUUAGCUUUGGGGAAGUCAGGCCUUACUACCAUCUCAGUAGCACACAUGCCAUGUUAGCAAAGUAGAGUUUAAAACUAAUUUUCAUGCACUUGAUAGGGACAUUGGGUAUCUCGUGCAGAUAAGGACUGGAAGGAAGCUCUCACGUAAGGAGAGAUAAUAGUAACCAACACAAAGCUUUAUCCUUCCACAAAUGAUGUGUCAAGCUUUGAUGCUGCAAAUAAGUGUGAUAUGAACUGUGAAGCUCUGAUAGUUUCUGGUGCCUCUGGAUUUCCGCCUCUGCAGUGUAGCAGAGGUAACAUGUUGUCUUGGAGCAGUAAUACAGAAUUCCCUAAUGGAAAGAAGAUAGAAUUUCAAAGCAACUCUAAGGCCUUUUCUUCUUGUUUCAGAAGAGAGACGUGCUUCCCUUCAAAGCAAUUCUAAGACCUCCUCUUCUUGUUCCAUGAGAGAAAUGCUUCCCUCUUUUACUACCUAAGGUCUGGCAUCUGCAAGCACUCCUAGGCAUGUGCCUGCACCUCCUUUCUUCCAGCUCAUGCUCAUCCCCAUGUCCCACAACAGUUUCCUCUCCCAUGUAAUCCUUUUGAUGCAAAGCACUUGUGUAGCUGGUCGUGCACUUACCCUGGAGUACCUACGCAUAGACUUGAAAUGAGCAAGUGCCUUGCUGCCAGCCUUCUUCCUUCAUUUAAGGAAAAAAUAUUUUAGCUAUAAAUUGCUAACAAUGUGAAAUCAUGUAAAGGCUUGCAGCCUUUCGAAUCUUGGGCAGAGUCAUAGUUCCCAACGUAUCAGCUCAGUCAGUAGCUUGCGCCCCAUUUUUAGUCUGUGUAUUUCAAGCAGUGACUUCAGCAAAUAAAUUUUUACUCAAUGAAUGUAAGAAAUCUUACUAGGCAACAAAAGCCUGAGAAAUCUGCUGCCUGCUUACAAAAUGUGUAUCCUAAGUGAUGAGUUGCUAUGCAAAUCUAAGAAUGACAUUUUUAGUACUUCUGAUACAGAUUUACAACUUUGUCUACUUUGCAUCAAUAAAUUUGAAGAUGAGUUCAGCUGAA